CGUGCCGUCUCCUUCUGGGGUAUAUCUGACUUGACGCCGAAUACUGGCUCCCUAUAGCACCUGGCCCUACUGCAUCAACGCCAGACCCUAACACCUCGAUUCAGGAUGCCCAUUCGAAGCGAGUGGAAGCUUGCGCGCGAAGGCUGGACACUGGAUACCACCACCCGCCUUCUGAAAGCAACGGCGUUCAAUCCCCUUAUCACGCUGCCGCUUAUCCUUGCCGCGAAAUACACGGCGCGCGGCGCGCAGGUCGCGUCUCAGAAUGAGACCCUGUUCCGCACCCUGAAGUCGCUCGUUGCACUGGGGGUGCUGGGGUCCAUCAGCGGCUUCCUCGACGACAAGGUCGUCAACAACUGGAAGGGCGAUGAGUGGGACUGGAAGAAGGAGGUCGUCGUGGUGACGGGUGGCAGCGAUGGCAUUGGCAAGAGCAUCGUGCUCCUGCUUGCAGAGAAGGGCAUCAAGGUGGCCGUGCUGGAUGUGCAGCCGCUCACAUACGAAGCUCCUCCAUCUGUCCAGUUCUUCCAGUGCGACCUCGGCUCCAAAGAAGCAAUCGAGGCCACCGCCGCCUCCGUGCGCAGCUCGCUCGGCGACCCGACGGUGCUCAUCAACAACGCCGGCGUGGCGCGCGGCAAGAGCAUCCUCGACUCUACCGAAAAGGACAUCCGCCUUACCUUCAACGUAAACGCCCUCUCGCACUACUUCCUCGCUCACCAGUUCCUGCCGAGCAUGAUCCAGCGCAACCACGGCAUGGUCGUCACCGUCGCCUCGCUCGCCGCAUACCUCUCCGCGCCCAACAUGGUCGACUACGCCUCGUCAAAAGCCGCUGCGCUUACCUUCCACGAAGGUCUCGCAGCCGAGCUCGCGACGCAGUACAAGGCUGACAAGGUGCGCACUAUCAUCAUGUGCCAGGGCUACACGCGGACGGCGCUGUUCGAGGGGUUUGCAGGGAAAUCGCUGUAUCCCGAGACGGUGGCUGAGGAAAUCGUCAAGGCCGUGUUGAAGGGGCGGAGUGCGCACUUGGUGGUUCCGGAGAGCUCCUGGGGUAUUGUGCCCAGGGUUAGGAGCUGGCCGCUGUGGAUGCAGUAUGGCUUCAGGAAGGGCUUGAAGAAUCUGAUGAAGUCGUGGAAGGGGAGGCAGGUUGUUCAGCCUAGUGAGACGCAGGUGGAGAAGGAGAAGAAGGGCGUGGAGGAAAGCGCUGUGUUGGUUGAGGAGCACUAGGAUGGUCGGGAUGCAUAAUGCGUGGAUUGGUCGCCUGUUCGAGGUAGGGCGUUAACUGCACGCUGCUCUGCAUGCAGUGAGGAAGCUUGAACUUCUGACAUGAUUUCGCGAUACACUCUCAAGUCAUGUGGAUAUACUUAUAUGGAAAUCUGUUUCUACUUCAUAUUAGUUGAUCGAGAAGAUGGCAGUCUUGCAUUGCAGUGUUCGUGAGCGGUCGCUGACGAUUCGAUGCAAUCAGUGGAU